UCAUACUUUUCUUUGUUUUCCUUUUUAUACCAAUACCGACAUCAUGAAAUACGUUCUCGUUUCUGGAGGUGUCAUAAGCGGCAUCGGAAAGGGCGUUCUCGGUAUGCAUUUCUCAUGCCAGUCAGUUUAGAUAAGAGUAUUCUGUGACUGGAAUGCCUUUGAAAAUUGGCAGAGCUUUUCGCAGAAUUGGUGUCGCUCACAAAACACGUUUUACAGCCUCUUCCACGGGUUUGCUGCUUAAGACCAUUGGAUUGAAGGUUUCUUCAAUCAAGGUCGACCCGUACAUGAACGUCGAUGCCGGAACUAUGGCCCCCACCGAACACGGUGAGGUUUUUGUCCUUGACGAUGGCGGUGAGGUCGAUCUCGACCUGGGAAACUACGAGCGAUACCUGAACAUUACCUUGACCCGGGAAAACAACAUCACUACCGGUAAAAUUUACAAGCAUGUCAUCGAGAAGGAGCGUCGUGGCGACUACCUCGGCCGGACCGUCCAGGUUGUGCCCCAUUUGACGGAUGCUAUUCAGGACUGGAUUGAGCGCGUUGCUCGAAUUCCCGUGGAUGAUACCAAUGAGGAACCUGAUGUUUGCAUUGUUGAGUUGGGUGGUACUGUCGGUGACAUUGAGAGCGCGCCGUUCAUUGAGGCUAUGCGGCAACUCCGGAGGAGAGCAGGCAAGGACAACUUUUUGCAGAUCCACGUCUCUCUUGUUCCCGUUGUUGGCGGUGAGCAGAAGACGAAGCCUACCCAGCAGGCCAUCAAGGAUGUCCGCAGUGCUGGUCUUAGCCCAGACUUGAUUGCCUGCCGUUGCAUCCAGCCCCUCAGCAAGUCCACGACCGAUAAGAUUGCAAUGUUCUGUCAGGUUGAGUAUGAGCAAGUUGUUGCCGUCCACGAUGUUUCCUCUACCUACCAUGUGCCUCUUCUCCUCGAGCAGCAAGGUCUCAUUAAGCUCCUAAGCGACACUCUGAAGCUCGAUAAACUCCACCUGUCGCCCGCGCUCAUCAACCGCGGCCAGGCCGUCUGGUCUGAGUGGAAGGCUCUUACCACCUCGCAAGACCACACGUUUGAAUCCGUCAGCAUCGCCCUUGUUGGCAAGUACACGAACCUUCACGAUUCCUACCUCAGUGUGGUCAAGUCGCUCGAGCACUCGGCUAUGCGAUGCAGCAAAAAGCUCAAGAUCCUUUGGGUUGAUGCUUCGGACCUGGAGAGCGAAACUCGCGAUGAGGAUCCUGCCCGCUUCCACAAGGCGUGGCACGAGGUCUGCACCGCCAAUGGUAUUCUCGUGCCUGGCGGUUUCGGCUACCGCGGUACCGAGGGUAUGAUUGCUGCAGCCAAGUGGGCCCGUACCAACAAGGUUCCUUACCUGGGUAUCUGUCUUGGUAUGCAGAUUGCCGUCAUUGAGUUUGCUCGCCACGUGUGCGGCAUCUCUGGCGCUGGCUCUAUCGAAUUGUCUGCUCAAACUCCCGACCCUGUCGUCAUCUUCAUGCCUGAGAUUGACAAGACCACCCUCGGUGGCACCAUGCGUCUCGGUCUCCGCCCGACCCUCUUCCAAGACGGCUCCGAGUGGAGCAAGCUCCGCCAGCUUUACGGUGAGGCUACCGAAAUCCUUGAGCGGCACCGCCACCGGUACGAGGUUAACCCCGAUUACAUUGACCGGUUGAGCCAGGGUGGCCUGCACUUUAUCGGCAAGGAUGAGCGUGGGGAGCGUAUGGAGGUUAUCGAGCUCAAGGAUCACCCGUGGUUUGUCGGUGUCCAGUUCCACCCCGAGUACCUCUCGCGUGUCUUGCAGCCCAGCAAGCCCUACCUCGGCUUCGUCGCCGCCGCCGCUGGAUGCCUCCCUGAAGCUAUUCAGCGUAGCAUUAACGAGGCUGAGCGUAUGGCCAACUCUGGUCUCGUCAACGGCGUUGGCAGCGUUGUGAUAUAAUUCUGCGGCCAAAGUUGAAGCGAGCGUUGCUUUUUGGGGGGUUUCACAUGUGGCGUGAUCACGUCUGUAGCUGAAAGAUGCGCAGACGUGUUCAUUGCGUUCAUUUUUCGGUCGUAUUUUUCUUGGUAUUUUCUUUUUUCUGUUCAACGUCAUAGAAUGAGACACGGUCACGCGGUGAGGUGCAACACAACGAAAGAAGUGGACCAAAGAGAUGUCUCUGCGUUUGGUUUAUCCAUCUAUCCAUCAAUCAUAGAUGAUGAAGGUGAUGAUGGUUCGGCGUUUUUGGGUUCUUAUUUCAACGGCCUCAAGGAGAUUAUUUUCAAUUGAAUUAAAUAAUCAAAAUAGGAUCAUUUCGGCUAUCGGAACACUCUGCGGUGCAGUAUCGUACUCGCGCAGUAGGUAGAAUAGAAGCAAUUUAGCAUUGCUAAAUCCAAAUAUAAAAAGAU